CUUCCUCUCUUACUUAUCUCGCUUUGUGUGAGCAGGGCCCAAUCAACCCAACCUUUGCUCCAUUGCGAACUUCAUUGACCCCCAUAUCCUCACGUUUCAAGGCUCAGAUCCCUUUUUUUUCUAUACUAUUUAUUCCUAUUUGCUCGUCUUGUCUUGAACUCUUUUCUCGUUAAACUCAGUUUCACCAUCAUCUGUUGAAGAUCUUCAACAUUACCCACACCACAACCUUCUUUUCGAACCACAUCGUUGUCUCGAAAGAGUCCGUCCGUCCAUGGCAGCACUCGCUUUAAAACGAAGAACCCCUUCACUGGGAACUCUUCCUACCAUCAGCGGGUUGUCAGUCACUUCUAUUGACUCCCCACUCCCCACCAACUCUAUCACCAACAAGCCAGCAUCCUCCUCUUUAUAUCACACCUGUCGAUCCGUGUUGGAUAGACUCUCGGAUGUGCCCGGAUUUGACUUCUAUCUCGACAUGGAGAAUUUGCCUCCACUAAAUCUGACUUCUCCUACCACAUCUGAGCCAUCAACCCCGACCCUGGGUGCCAAUAGCGGCGAUCCGUUAUCUAAAUUAUGGCAAAUCGCGAGACAAGGAUCCAGUCUCUGCUUAUUAUUCAACACAUUGAAACCCGAAACACCCCUUAAAAUUAACCAAGAUCCCGGUCUGAACACUGUCAAUUCAUGUAAAGCAAGUGUAUACCAUUUCUUGGUAGCUUGUAAAAAAGAGUUAGAGUUCAGUGAAAGUGAUCUGUUCACCAUCACAGAUCUUUACUCCAACGACACCAAUGGUUUUGUCAAGGUGGUGAACAGCAUCAACAAAAUCCUCGCCAAACUCGAAGACGAAGGUCUCGUUUCAGCUCCUCGCUCACCUAAUCGCAACUCUGACCCAAAUGCUCCCAAAGAUACCCGUGAUAAGGUGGUUUAUGAACUAGUCGAGACUGAGCGGAAAUACGUCCAGGAUUUGGAAAUUUUAUUGGAAUACAAAAAUGAAUUGCAAAAGCAAAGUGUUCUGCCACCCGAUACCGUGCAUUACAUAUUCGCUAAUUUGAGCUCUCUUCUGGAUUUUCAACGUCGGUUCAUGAUCCAAAUCGAGGAUGUUGCUGAUAAAGCUCCCCAAGAGCAACGUUUCGGUUCCUUGUUUAUUCAAAUGGAAGAACUGUUCCAAGUAUAUGAGCCUUUUUGUGCCAAUUAUCAGGCGGCUCAAGACUUGGUCAGCCAAGAAAGUACCAAGCUCCAGAAAUUGUCGGAUAUUCUGAAUCCUACUUAUGAGUUACCAUCCAUGCUCAUUAAGCCUGUCCAGCGUAUUUGCAAAUACCCACUUCUCCUUUCACAACUCAUCAAAGCCACCGACAAGGAAUGGCCACAUUAUCAAGAAAUGACGGAGGGUUUGGAAUCUAUUCAACGAGUCACCAGCAGAGUCAAUGAAGUUCAACGACAAUAUGAAAAUCUUCAAAUUGUGCAAGAUCUCAAGCGCCGUGUUGAAGAUUGGAAGGGCUAUGCUGUGGAACAAUUUGGUCAACUUCUGCUUCAAGAUCGAUUUUUGAUGGCUACCAAUGAUGCUGAGCGUGAACUUCAAGUUUUCUUCUUUGAAAAAAUCUUGCUCAUUUGCAAGGAGAUCAAGGAUAAGAACAAGUUGUCAAAAUCAAAUUCCAUUUCUAUCAAAAAAAAGAGACGUGCGAGUUUGCAACUCAAGGGCAAGAUUUUCAUUGCCAGCAUCAUUCAGAUUGUGAACAAUAGCAAAAAUGGUGUCUGGGCCCUCAAAGUGUUUUGGCGAGAUGCAGAAAUGGAAUCUUUCUCGUUGAAGUGUCGAAAUGAAGAACAGCUCAAGAUGUGGGAAGCUGCUCUCAACAAGGUUUUGCAAGAGAACAAAAUCAAUGGUGGUACCAAUGGAACCGCUAAACGCAAUGUUUCCAAUACUCAGCUUGCUUCCCUUGCCCACCUUCAUAUUUCACCUCGCAGCUACCGUGACGACGACGACGCAGCUUCAUUUAUUGAUGAAGAAGAAGAGGAGGAAGAUGAAAGCGAAGAAUAUUCACAUGAUGACGAUGAUGAUGAGAGAAGAAACCGAUCACGUUCCAAUUCCAUCAAUCCAUACGGGCGACCCUCGAUCACGCGCUCUAACCGUAGUGAAAGCUCGGCUAGCGAUUAUCAUCCAUCUUGGCGAACCGGUACUCCUCCUGUGCCAUCUUCGUCCAAUUCUAGGCACUAUAACAACAUGCCUGGCAUGACUUUACCUCCAUUGCCUAAAGCCAACCCAAGUGCUAGUACAUCGUCUAGCGCAUUGACAACACCUACUGCCGAAUACGGUUUGUAUCCCGCGUCCCCUCCUCCUUCAAAUCCUUCUUCACCUACCACUUCCUCGAGAGCGUCAGGCAAUGGGCCAGUACGACAGCGUCGUGGCACCGAUGAAGCAUCUCCAUUAUCGGAAACCAUUGUCAAGUUUAUGAUGAAUAAUGAUCCCUCCCAAUACCCUCCCAAUGGUGGUCCAUCCUCCAGUGCGGAAACCGAGCGACAUUAUCCUGGUUCGAUGGGCAGGGCCCAAUCUCACUCUGCAGCAGCCGGCGUGGGUCUUGGCUUAUAUUCCAGCACUGGUACACCCCCCAUCCCCAAUGCUGCGUCUCUCAGUCAGACACGAUUGCGAUCACAGAGUAGUCCCAACAUCCAUCGUCCUACUCAAAAUACGUGGGAUCAGCAGCAUCCUGAGAUGCCCAUCAACUCACGGACUCUGUAUAACCGAGCAGUUGAUCCCAAUCUUCCUUCUCCUAUCGAGGCUGGUCGCCUUUCUCCUCGUAUGGUGAAUAACGUGGAUAACCAUGAGUCCAGUCAGGCACCGUACACUCCCACUGGUUCCGAGCAACCUUCUACGACUGCCACCAUGCGUCUCAAGCUCAAUUUCCACGAUAAUAUCUAUGCCAUUGUGGUGUCACCGGAUAUUAAUUACCAAGAGCUCAUGGACAAGGUCGGUAAAAAGAUUCGUGUCGUAGCAGGUCUCGGUCCCAAUGAUUCUUUACGUAUCAAGUACCAAGAUGAAGAUGGUGACCUUAUCACUAUCAAUUCCGAUGACGAUGUUCUCAUGGGUUUCGAAAGUCGAGGUGGCAGCAACACCAUGAACUUGUUUAUCAGCUAAAUGUCACACAAUUUUACCAUUCCCGCCCGCCCUUUUUACACCCUCUUCUUUAUUUCCUUUGAUCAGAAAGGGCCUAUUCAGAAACACAUACCUACCUAACCAUCAUUCACACUUUUCAUGUUUCUUCGUCUCUCUUUUUGCUAUUAGUCCCCCAUCGAUGAAAAACCCGAUAGAUUUAUGUAAAUACUACCGACCAUUUUCCCCAUUUUUGAAGUACAGUAAACCCUCGUAUUUAUCUUUUUUCUUUUUUGAAGGGAAAAAAAAAAGAAAUAAAAACUCCUCAAGAUCUACUUAAUGUUACAAUGCGUCGGAAGGACGUG